AUGGAAGCCAUCGAUGAUUUUGCCAAUGAGAACAUUGCUCGUUCAUUAGCCUAUACCGUGCUCGAACACCGUCAGCAACACGACUUUUCGGCUUUGGCAGCUAUAGGGUCUAAACUGUUAUGCCAACGGAUACAGUUUCUCAGACCGACAGCAGCACAACAAGCCAACAGUCAACAGGACUCUGGACAGUGGAAUAGUGUUGUACAAUGGCAAGAAGACGACUGCCCACAAGUCAUUGAGACAUUAUGGUCGGGCGAUCAACAGGACAAGCUCUAUCAAAACCCGGUGUAUUACAAACGACUUGAUGCCGAAACGCUCCAUGCCAUGGUCGAAUUCGCAUACCAAGACAAGACCCACUAUGCAGUCGUGCUGACCUUGGAAGAAGGCGGCGGAGAUAUCUCUGAACUAAAGUAUCACAACACCAAGGCUUUCUCAGAACUCGAAUGGCAGGUUGUCAAGAAGAGUUGGCCAGAAUCAUUGGAACAGGCGGAGCGGGAGUUUGUCAACAAGAUCACACAUCAUCCUCCGUCCACCGCUGCUGCAUUGUCAUCUCCGAAAGCUCCUGAUGAUUAUUGGGGCGGUGGUUGGUCAUCGUCAGAAGACGAAGGAGACGACGAAAACGAUGGCCCAGUCCAGAUCAGAUCACGGUUAAGUGGCGAGAAGAAAAGAGCACACAGCGAUAAAGGAAACGAUUCUGAAGACGAAUAUUAUGCAAGAUGGAGUCAAAAUCCGGGCACACUGACGCCAGGCAUUAAUGAACAACCACCACCGGAAAUAGAAAGGCUCGAAACGCAAGAAGAAUACGACAAUUCAUAUAAUCCGCUCUAUACCGUGCCCAGUGUUCCUGAUCUCAUGGAUGCCCACCAUACGGCCUUGGCUGAACUGACACAAAUGUUGCACGAUUCGCUACCGAGUGGCCAGAAGCGAGGGGCAUCCACUGCGCCGGUAAAGAUUGAUCCUAUACCCAAGAUUGUUCGAUCCAGACAAAACAGUGCCCAUCAUUUACCCGGUGCAUUUCCGAGCAGUAAUGGUGCUCCUACCGAAGUAAGCGCUACAACAACAGCUGCCGCACGGACCACCGAUAAUGCAAUGUCACAAUCAUAUGGGCACGAGGCUGGACGGAUGUUAUUAGAGAAGAGUUUAAGGGCUUUAGUUGGCGUGGGUAGAAUGCUUGGGUUUAAAGGGUCUGAGAUCUUGUCUAUAACAGAAAAGAUUAUCAAGGAGGAGACUUUCUCAUAG